GCUCGUCUUCGGUGCAUGGUUCUGCUCGCCAGGCGCUUCUGCUUGGUGCGAGCCAUGGAGGGCGUACGCUGGGCCUUUUCCUGCGGCACUUGGCUGCCGAGCCGAGCCGAGUGGCUGCUGGCGGUGCGAUCGAUCCAGCCUGAGGAGAAGGAGCGCAUUGGCCAGUUCGUCUUCGCCCGGGACGCUAAGGCAGCCAUGGCUGGUCGUCUGAUGAUAAGGAAAUUAAUUGCAGAGAAAUUGAAUAUCCCCUGGAAUAAUAUUCGUUUGCAAAGAACUGCAAAAGGAAAACCAGUUCUUGCAAAAGACUCAUCGAAUCCUUACCCCAAUUUCAACUUUAACAUAUCUCAUCAAGGGGACUAUGCUGUACUUGCUGCUGAACCUGAGCUACAAGUUGGAAUUGAUAUAAUGAAAACUAGUUUUCCAGGUCGAGGUUCAAUUUCAGAAUUCUUUCAUAUUAUGAAAAGAAAGUUUACCAACAAAGAAUGGGAAACAAUCAGAAGCUUUAACGAUGAAUGGACUCAGCUGGAUAUGUUUUAUAGGAAUUGGGCACUGAAAGAAAGCUUCAUAAAAGCCAUAGGUGUUGGACUAGGAUUUGAAUUGCAACGGCUUGAAUUUGAUAUAUCCCCAUUAAACCUGGAUAUAGGCCAGGUUUAUAAAGAAACACGAUUGUUUUUGGAUGGAAAAGAAGAAAAAGAAUGGGCAUUUGAGGAAAGCAAAAUAGAUGAGCACCAUUUUGUAGCAGUAGCUCUUAGGAAGCCCGAUGGAUCAAGACAUCAGGAUGCUUCAUCUCAAGAUGAUUCUAAGCCAUCCCAGAGGCAGUUUACUAUUCUUACCUAUAAUGAUUUAAUAUCAUCUGCUGUUCCUAUGACCCCUGAAGAUCCUUCAUUUUGGGACUGUUUUUGCUUCACAGAAGAAAUUCUGAUACGAAAUGGUACAAAGUCAUGAUAUGAUAAGUAACAAAGGGAAGUGAGAACUGUAAUAUUCUGUAUUCACUAAAAAAUAAAUGCCUGAUACUAUCAAAUCUUACUUCACAAAACAGCUUGAAAAAGAAAAACAACUUUUCCUAUUUUAAAAGCUUAUGCCCAGUUCAAAAUAGCUUAGUAGAAUACAUGUUUACCUUUCCUCCCCAGAAUCACGUUGAGUUGACAAAUAGAAAGGGGUAGCAGAAUCUUAGGUGAUGUAUCCCUCGUUUCAUGGCACUUUGCUUUAUUGGGCUCCACUUUAUUGUGCUUCACAGGUGUUGCAUUUUUUACAAAUGGAAGGCAAGACCCUCCACCAGCAAAAAGGUUAUGACUCACUUUAUUAUGGUAGUGUGGGGUUGAACCCGCAGCACCUCAGGCAUGCCUGUACAUGCUUAUUGUAGAAAAAACAAAACAUGCAAGUUUGCAAUAAGGGAACAUGUAAAUUCCUGUCUUUUGGACAUAACUGUAUCAGAAAUAACUAUUUCUAAAACAUUUUCUUGGCAAAUGAAUCCAUAUUAAUAUACUUGUUUUUAAGUAAAAAAUGGGAACAUGCUAUUUUAUAAUUUUUUUCUCUUAACUGCACAUCUACUGUUCAUAAAUACUUCCAUGACAAAACUUUUACUGGCUCUAAAGUAUUCUGUUGGAUGGCUAACAUCAGUUAGGAUGCCUUGACCAGAGGUAACAGUGUCCAAAUAUAAUUGACUUAAGUAACUAAGGACAUUUAUUAUCUCAUGCAACACCCAGUUGAAAGGUGUCAUUAGAUGUUUUUGCCUCAGCCUCAGUUUGUUUUGCCUUAGACUUGUCUCAUGGUCAUGAGAGCUGCUGCUAUAACUUCCAGCUUCACAUCUUCAUGAAAUUGCAGCUAAAAGUAGGGAAAGGCUGUUCUCCUUGCACAUCUCAAGUUUUGUCCAUGAGGAGUACAUUUCCCAGAUUUCCCCUCAGCUUCCCUGGACUCAGAUCAGGUCACUGAGAAAGGCAGUCCUUAGACACUGUGGGAAGUAGAUUCUCGUUUAGGAAGAAGCUGAGGCACGGUGGGGAGAAGGGCGUCCCAGGGGAUCCCACUGCCUGCCGGAGGGAGGUGGGCCACUUUGACUCAUUUCUCCUGUUACACGUUUGAUUGUCUGCAGACUUGACUGUAAACAGUAGUGCGGUGAAUGGCCUUGUAAACACAUUUUGAGUUAUGUGCUUAAUUAUGCCCUUGAGAAAGUUUCUGGAAGUGGAGCAAUUGGCUCAAAGGGAUUAUACUUUUUUAGAGCUUUGAUAAAAAUAGCCAAAUUGCUCUCCAAAAAGGCAGUGCAGCCUACACUUGUGGUUAGUUUUAUGUGUGUGACACCCUUUCACCCCCCACCUGCACACUCCCUAGUAAAGUCGAGAUACUUUUUUUAAAAUUUUAAUCUUCGCCAGUAAGUGAAAAGUGGUACCUUAUUUCUUAAAUUUCUAUUUCUUAUUACGAACAAGGUUGAUAUGUCAGUGUUGUUAAUGGCUGUUUGUAUUCCUCCUUUAAUGAACUGCCUGUUCAUGGUCUUUGCCUGUUUUUAUUUUAGUAAAUAGGACUUAAUUUAAAGUGGGAACAUAAUAUAUAAAAUGCCAAGACCAUCAUAUUGAUGACAGAAUCUAUUAUCUGGUUGUAGUGCAUGCCUUGGGGAGUUAGUCUUGUUAUUGUUUAAUAUCAGGAAGUGAACUAAUCUUAUUUUUUCCAUUACUAAAAUUGAAAGUUGUGUGUAAAUUGUAUAAAAUUAGAUACUUGGCUUAGUAAAAAACAUUUGCAAUGUUUUAUAAUUUUUUAUUUUAUUAAGCAUGCCCAAAUAUCCCAAGCAUAGUAAAUAACGUGUUUUAAACGAUCAAGUAGCACUUAUAAUAGAGGAAGCAUUGUUAGCCGUAGCAUGAAUGUAAUGACGAUAUGGAAAACUGUCAUCUGUCUUGUCAUUAUAAUAAUAAAGUGAUUAACAUUGAAUUUUUAUGAGCCAGA